CCGCACUGUUUGAGGAUGGCGUGUGCCCAACGGGACCCCUCCAUACCUCUCGUCUCUCUCUCACACACCCUCUCACCCUCUCACCUCUCUCCCUCUCCAUAUGACUACCGACCAUCAAACCGAGUAUCGGCUUGUACACGUAGUAAUGUUUACAGCAGUGUAAGGGUAGCCUGGUCAGCCCAAUGUCCUCUUUCUUCUCACUCGUUUCUCUCUUCCUCAUAUUUCCUUGUCCGUUCCCUUGGCUAAGCUACCUAUAUACGUGCGCUACCGCGAGGCUGCGUCAAUUCCCGCUAGGAAAGCAGCAUGGAGCCUUGGAACUGUCUCCAGCCAGCCUCAAACAGUGCGGCCCUUGCUCUUGACUGCUAUUCGACUCCCCCUUCCAUAUUCCCACUCACCCCCGCGCGCGCUCCGGCUCCGACCAGUAAUCGGUGCUCGAUAUGUACAUACCUUUUUCCGCGAGACACAGCAAGCACAUGCUGCGGUCUGAUUGCAUCGACACGUAGGCGGUUUGGGAGGGGAGGGAGGGGGGAGUUAAGCUACCCGGUGUAGGUACCGAGUAAGUAGUGGGAGGGGCAGCAAGGUACCGCCGUACACGUGUGUGCUGCGUAGCGAGUAGUG